AUGACGUUGCGGGUCGAAGUGCCCGGCGAAAAGAUUGUGAAUGUAGACACAUGCAAGUGUAGCAAAACCUUCAGUAGCGAGAUAAAGAAACGGGAGGGGAAGCUAAGCAGGAGGCUUAAGCAGAUCAUAAAAAAUUCCUGGUCCUUCAGAACUAAAGUCACCGUCGAGCCGUAUGUAGUAUGUUACAUUUUACCCAGUGUCCUCGCUGGUCUGGCGGUGCAGAAUCUGUGUUUGGAGAAAUCAUGCCUCGUGAACCUGAGCUACGACGAGCGGACGUGCACCAACAUCAUGCAAGGCCGCACCAGCAACCUGACAGAGCAGGAGCAAAACGUCCAGAAGAUGGUAGCGAGUAUGACCGCUUGGAGCUUCCCCCUCCAAACGGCUCUGCCCGGUAUCUUAGCGCUAUUCGUGGGAGCGUGGAGCGAUCGAACAGGCAACCGGAAAACGUUCAUGGUCCUACCGAUACUUGGGAAGUUGAUUUCUAUCAUCGGGAUUAUUCUGAGCACCGUGUUCUUUCGGCAGGUCGGUGUAAACGAGACCGCUGUUAUCGAAGGUCUUCCGCCAGCUCUGGCCGGCGGUCGUGUCGCCAUGACGAUGGCAGUGUACAGUUACAUCACAGACAUUACUAGUGAAUCUGAAAGGACUUUCCGUUUAGGGAUCAUCACCGCGAUAUUGACACUCAGUAGACCGAUAGGUCUCGCUCUAAGUGGUAUUAUGACGAAGCGGUUCGGCUAUUAUGGUGUUUUUACUGUUGCGUGCGUUUUCUACUUGACGGGGUUCGUGUACAUUCUAUUGAGGCUCAAGGAGAAGACCAAGAAAACAGUGGAGACAGAUCACAAGGAGCCGGUGUCGUUCUCCGUUAAGGAUCUCGUAGCGACGGUGAAUGUAGCUUUCAGGCCUCGAGAAGGAUUCCGUCGGGUCCAAAUAAUUCUCAUCAUGUUCGCGUACAUGUUCAUCGUUGGACCCGUGCUUGGUGAGGGGCAGAUGACUUAUUGGUUUACGCGCUACAAGUUCAAAUUCACCGAAGUGGACUACAGCUUGUUCCUAACUUACUCCGUCCUAGUCGGCACUAUCGGUUCCUUUAUAACGAUAUAUCUCUUUAGUAAGAGAUGGAACAUCGAAGACAGUAUCAUCGGGAUGAUUGCCUGCGUCAGCCGGAUAGCUGCUAGUGUGGUGUAUGCCAUGGCUCCAAACAGGACCAUCUACUUCUUGGGACCAGUUUUGGAUAUGUUCAGCGCGGCGGGGGCAACGUCUCUACGUUCUAUUGCUACUAAAUUAGUCAAUGCAGAUGAAGUUGGGAAAACGAGCUCUCUAAUCAGCAUAUCGGAGGCUUUAGUUCCUGUCAUUUACUCGCCCGUGUACAGUAAGGUGUAUCUUAGCACCUUGUCGACGUUCGCUGGUGCCUUUUACCUAAUUAGCGCCAGUCUUGCUGUGCCGGCUAUUUUAAUUUAUUUAUCGCUUUUCCUCAUACGGCGUAAGGAGACCGAACAGGAUCAGACCACAGAUAAACCUAAAGAGAACGAAGUUACCAGAUUUUAG